UAUUUUUAAGCUGUUUCGACAACGAAACAACCAUAAUCUGGAGGCCGUAUAGCAAGGUAAAAUCCAGGUUUUACCAGACACGCCAGGCCCAGGGAUGAAGUUAGCUCAUUCAUUGAGGUUUUACUGUUAGUCUUCUGCUGCACUCAAUAUUGCCUGCCUCAUUCACCAAGUAUGUCUGCCACAUAUGUAUACUAGAGAUGGAGGAAGCUACAGUGGAGAGCUUGGCCGAGGUCUUCCGAUGUUUUAUCUGCAUGGAAAAAUUGCGAGAUGCUCGCCUUUGUCCACAUUGCUCCAAGCUGUGUUGCUUUCUCUGUAUCAGGAGAUGGCUGACUGAACAGAGAUACCAGUGUCCUCAUUGUAGGGCUCCUUUACAGUUACAUGAGUUGGUGAAUUGUCGUUGGGCAGAGGAGGUAACUAAUCAGCUAGAUACACUACAGCUCUGUACACCACACUCCAGACCAGAUGAACCAGAGAGAGAUAAAUGUGAAACUCACAAUGAGAAACUCAGUGUAUACUGCUGGACAUGUCAUAAGUGCAUAUGUCAUCAAUGUGCUCUUUGGGGUGGUACACAGCACACUGGGCAUACUUUCAAGCCUCUGGAUGAGGUUUAUGAUCAACAUGUAUCUCAGAUCACUGAGGAAGUAGCUGCUUUGAGAAGACGUCUCAUGGAACUCAUCAGUCUAGUUCAAGAUGUGGAGCGCAAUGUUGAAAGUGUUCGUAAUGCAAAAGAUGAGCGAGUGCGUGAAAUCCGCAAUGCUGUAGAGAUGAUGAUUGCAAGACUUGAAUCACAACUCAAAAUGAAACUUCUAACACUUAUGGGCCAGAAGAAUUCCUUGACUCAGGAAACAGAGUUAUUGGAGUCACUUUUGCAGGAAGUAGAACAUCAACUACGGUCCUGCACUAAAAGUGAACUGAUUGCCAAGAGUGGAGAAUUACUGCAGAUGUUUACACAAGUUCAUCGUAAACCUAUGGCUUCGUUUGUUACUGCACCGGUCCCUGCAAGUUUCAUGAGUGAGCUGGUACCAUCUUAUGACAGCAGUAAAUUUGUUCUGAAUAGUUUCAUUGCGUUGCAGCAUAAAGCCGAUCCAGUAUACAGCCCUCCCUUAACAGUGUGCGGACUCAACUGGAGACUUAAAGUUUAUCCGGAUGGUAAUGGUGUAGUCAGAGGUAACUAUCUAUCGGUAUUCUUGGAACUGUCAGCUGGUCUGCCAGAAACCUCCAAGUAUGAGUACCGAGUGGAAAUGAUACAUCAAGCUACUCAUGAUAACAGCAAGAACAUUGUAAGAGAGUUUGCAUCUGAUUUUGAAGUAGGAGAAUGCUGGGGUUAUAAUCGCUUCUUUAGACUGGAUCUCUUAGCUAGUGAAGGAUAUCUCAAAGAUAACACUCUCAUCUUGCAGUUCCAGGUAAGAGCUCCAAUAUUUUAUCAGAAAUGUCGUGACCAACAGUGGUACAUCAAUCAACUUGAGGAAUCUCAAAGGCAAUAUAUAAUGCAGGUCAAUGAUCUCAAAGAGAGAUUAGCAAUAGAGUUGUCCAGACACCAAGCAAAGAGCGGCAAGUCACCAGAUAAUGACAGAGGAGAUAACCGCUCUGACCAAUCAUCAGCCAGAUUCAGAUCAGUUCAUGCAUCUGUUGCUAUAGCAACUGACAGAGAUUCCCCAAUACGGAGAGACGAUGUCAAUUUGCCUGGAAAUGAAGAUGAUAAGCUGUCUGAGUGUGAGAUCAGUAUCUGUGGAUCCUCCUCAUCUGCAUCGACAGAUGAUGAAGCUCAGUCAGAGGAAGUAAGUAGUCUGGAAGAAAAUGACAUUGAUGAAGAGACUAUGUCCCUGGAGAAUGAUGUGGAGCACAACAGUGGAUUAGAAUCAAGCACUCUAGAGGAAGGGUUGUUAGAUAUUGCUGCACAGGAUGUAGCUGGAGCUAGCUCUACUGAAGUCAUUAAUGAUAGUGGUCUGAGUGGUCUAGAGGGACAACGUGGGGAAGAGAUACUACAGACAUUAAGAGAUGAAGAAGCUAUGCUGUUACAGUUACUUGACUUACAGGAUGGACCAGCAGGGGCUGGUGAUAGCUUAUGGGGAUUCCUACCUAGACCACCAUAUAAGAUGGAAACUGGGAGUGGUCCAAGGAAGGAUAAGGAAAAGAAAGAUAAGCGCCGUCAUUCUUCUUUAUCUACACGAGAGUCUCUUAUGAAGAAGAUGCAAUCCUGUAUGUCUGACAUUAGUUUACGUAGUCACUCAGUGGCAACCAAUGGAGUUCCCUCACUAGAUGGUGUGGACACAACUGAGCAAGGAAUGAAUGCAGUAUCGGUAGCUAAGACUGAAGCAGCUCACUCUUUACUAAGGAAGACAUCAAGUGGUUCCAAUCAUAGUCAUCGAGCAGUCCCAAGUAUAUCUUUACAGCUGGCUCAGGAAGGUGGACCUACUACUACAGGUAAAGAAAAGGAGGCAGAGCGCACCGAUCAUGCUGCUACAUGUAAUAGCAGUAAGAGUCCAUCUCCUGAUCAGCAUUGUCAUGAUGGUCAGUUAGAAGGUUAUUAUACACCACUCAGUGAUAGAGAAGGUACAGCAGCAGCUGCAAUACCAGUGCUAUCCAACUCAGCUACAUGUAGACUUACUGCAAGAAUUGAUGCUCUUGCCCUGCAAUUAAGAACCAGUCAAGAAGAGCUAAGUGCAGACUACCAAGCUUCAGACUCAGAUUGUCGAGGCUCAGAAACCCACCCUUCAGCCAUUAAAUUGCCAUUAGCAGGGUCCAGCCAUGGCUGCACUGGAGAGAAAGUGGAUGCAGGUGAUGAAAGGGACAGCCAGGAUGAGGAAUCAAAUCAGAGAACGUUGGUGAUGACACGUAAGAAAGCUCCCAACCCUUCUGCAGGCAGCACCACUGCGAGAAAUGUAGAGACCAACAUUCACACUGAAGAUGCUGAUGUACAGGGAAGUCAGCAAUAGCUUGAAUUCAUUAUUUGUAUUCCACCUCUGUAUUUCUAGCUGCAAUAAGUUGUGUGUCAGUUCAUAGAACAAUAUACAAAUAUAACAUGGUUUGAGGGUUACUAGUCGAUAUAAGCUCCCGAGGUAUUGGAAGUUGACAAACUAGUUCCUGAUGCGAAGCCGAGGCAACUAGUUUGCCAACUUCCAAUACCGAGGGGAGCUCAUAUCGACUAGUCACCCGAAAUAUACCAUGUUAUAUUUAUUUUACUAUACUUCAUACAUACAUAUUCAGUUGUUUAGAGCAAGGGAAAAUGACGACUGUGAAAUAAAAUGAAACAUGAUAAGUUUGUUCUUGUGAUGUUCGCGCGUGUGUACAACAGUACCACGAUCGUAAAGUGCAUGACAAGUAGAAUAGCUCCGGGGUGAAUGGUCGCACAUGGUUAGUGCGCAUGACAAGUAGAAUACAUGUAGCUCCCGGGCUGCCUGGGCGCUUCCCGGUCGCUAUUCUACUUGUCAUGCGCAUAAACCAUGUGCCUGAUUACUCGCGUACGCGCUUGGUAAAUAUCAAAAUUAGCGCCUGGCAAGUGAUGAUGAAUGGACAAGUAAUAACUUGACUCUUGAUCAUGAAUAUGUAUGAGCUAUAGAAAUACACAAAUAUAGCGUGGUUUGAGGGUGAAUAGUUUACACAUUUUGACUGGCAAUGAGGUAACUAGUGUACAACUAUUCCCCCGAGGAACUUUGAGUGACCAGAAGAGGGGCCUACCCAGAGAACUUACAUGUAUUAUGUCAAAACUUGUACAACCAAGGGAUUAGAGACUCUCAAAUAUUAGGUCGCCUCGGGAACAAGUUUGUCAACUUUCAAUACCAAGGGGAGCUAAUAUUGACUAUUUACCGGAACAAUAUUAUUUGGAGCAAGGUGAAAUGACGACUGUAAAAUGCACCACGAUAAGUUUAUUUGUGUGUGUUUGAUAUUGCUAUACCAAUGUGCAUGUGUACAACAGCACAAUCGUAAAGGGCAUGACAAGUAUCUAUCACCUGGGCUGCCUGGUCAUGCACAUGGUAAUACGCAGUACAAGUAGGGUCUUGGUGCUAAUAGCUAAUAGUCUACUUGUCAUGACAAGUAACUAUCACCUGGGCUGCCUAGUCAUGCACAUGGUAAUACGCAGUACAAGUAGGGCCCUGGUGCUAAUAGCUAAUAGUCUACUUGUCAUGACAAGUAACUAUCACCUGGGCUGCCUAGUCAUGCACAUGGUAAUACGCAGUACAAGUAGGGCCUUGGUGCUAAUAGCUAAUAGUCUACUUGUCAUGACAAGUAACUAUCACCUGGGCUGCCUAGUCAUGCACAUGGUAAUACGCAGUACAAGUAGGGCCUUGGUGCUAAUAGCUAAUAGUCUACUUGUCACGACAAGUAACUAUCACCUGGGCUGCCUAGUCAUGCACAUGGUAAUACGCAGUACAAGUAGGGCCCUGGUGCUAAUAGCUAAUAGUCUACUUGUCAUGUGCAUUUAACAGGUGCACGAAUACACACCUGCACGCUUGUUAAAUUGCAAAAGUAGCUCCUGGCAUGUGAUGAUGAAUAGACCAGUGAGAGUUCAACUUUUGGUCAUGAAUAUGUAUGAGUUGAAACACUUUGUUCUCCAGCAAACGCGUUUUGGACAAGAGCAGUGUUUAAUUUGUUGCAAUCCUAUGUACUAUAGACCUAUAUUCUGCAUAAAUGAACCCUGUAUUGACAUGUAUGUCAUGUUGUUUUUACAUUGCUGUUUGUGCAAACUAAAAACAAACAAAAAAUAAGUUUGUGCAAGUUUGCCGGUGGAAAAUUUUGUUUGGUUGUGUGUGCUGAUGGGAAAUACCGCACAUCUGCAUACCUUUCAACCCUGUAAUGCAGAAGUGUGUACAUGUAUAUUUAUUUUUUAUUUCAAUCGAUCUUGGGAUUAUAUUAUGGAACUUGAAAAAUUGCGCUUGUGUCCCACAAACCACAAGGUCAAAGGUAUGUGGGACACGAAGCACUACAAUGGUCAGUGACCCACACAUGGGAGUGGUGAGGUAAUAAUGUUUUCUUCAAGAAAACUUGACAUGGCAAAAUAUACAGAGUUUGAACAGCCCACUAUGGUAUGGUAUAAUAUCACACUGUUGUUGCCAUGGAUGGUUCAACCAAUCAGAAAUGAUGAUUCAAGUGUGCUUGAAGAUUAAUAAUAAUAUCCCUCUAAUGGUGGAAAAUGAGUCGAGCCCCAUCUACUCUGCAAUAUAGCUGUUUGUAAGUCCAUAGAAUCAAACAACACAUUGUAUUCCUAAUGGUUGAAAAGAUAACCUUGCCCACCACUCUGCAAUAUGUAUAUUUAAUUACUUUGUAUCAGUGUACUAAAUUGUAACAAUUACUGUGCCACAUACAAGAUAAAAUUAUGUGCACCUCAAAAUUUACAAAUAUAUCAGUGAACUAAGGCCAGCUCUACUGAUAAUAUUGUUACACAAUUAUUCUUGAUUUUCAUAAACCCUCAGAUAUGAUUCAAUUUAUUCUUUUUGCUGAUGACAGCAACUUCUUUUAUCCUUAUCCUAACCCUGAUGUACUUUUUCUAACGGUGAACACACAGCUUAAAGCCAUUUGACACUUUCGGUAAACAGUAUUGUCCAAGGCCCACACUUCGUGUAUCACAACUUAUAUAUAAA